AUGUCUGCAGACAGCUGUACUAGUCGUCAGCCUGUCGCUGUCUCAGCGAUGUGGAACGCGUUGAGAGAGGUCCGAGACGACGCAUUGACGAGACCCGACUGGGAACCUGAGCUGAGAGCGGCGGCGAUUGCUCUGAUACAGUCCCUUGGACAUGUACGUUGCGUCGGCGGUUCGACGCGUUGGAUCCGUAUUGGCGCCGGCCAUCGAGUUCCUGUGCAAAACAGGUUGCGGUAUCGCACAAGGAUGCUGCCAGUCACACACCUCCGGUCACUCCAAACGACCGCACCUCACCUGGCACCGUCAUGGAAGAGCGGGACUCUGUCUGCGGAUCUUGCGCCCGAACCCAUCGGCGCAGUGACGUUAUCCUCCCUCCGUCACGGCGUGCUCCUGCGAGUCACCGACACUCGCGAACGGUCUGAAGUCGCGUUGAACAACACCGUCAUCUCGCAGAGGCCCGCACCGGUGCGACUGCACACGACGGACGCGCUGCGGGAAGAAGCUAGAGAUCGGUGGAAGCUUCCGCUUGCGAUAUGCUGGCUGAAAGAGAACAUGUUAGACUUGGUAGUCGCACGAGAGAGCGAUCUUUCCGCAGGUCUCGCAGAAGCGAUAGUAUUGCGUGUCCAUCCAGUGGAGGCCGUGUAA